UUUGCAUUACGAGUGUAAGAAGACUGGGAGAGGAGCAGAGUGUGACGGACUUGGAGUUGUUUGGACAGCCAGCGCUCGAGAAUUCUAGUUUUCUUUUUUUCUAAGUGAAAACGCAGUACGCUGAAAAUGACAAUGAAUGAACGAAGUCCGGUUUUUUGACACGUGAGGCCACCUCCCCUUGGCCUAAUUCGCUGUUUGGUCUGUCACGACGUCUCGGCCAUCGCACAGCUAUGGAGAUCAACGAUAAUAAGGAUGUCAAGCUUUCUGCCGAAGUAGAGCCUUUUAUUCCCCAGAAGAAGGGUACAGAGACUGUCUUGGUUCCAGUGAAUCUAUCAAAUGACAACGGAGGAGGGAGCAACAUGAAUAAUGUUGAACCUGCGCCUAUCCCUAGUUACCUUAUUACAUGUUACCCGUUUGUUCAGGAAAAUCAGCCAAAUAGGCAGCUACCCUUGUAUAACAGUGAUCUAAGAUGGCAGCAACCCAACCCAAGCCCUACUGGUCCUUACCUUGCCUACCCUAUUCUUCCAUCACCUCAGCCUCCUGUUUCGAAUGACUACACAUACUACCAAAUUAUGCCAGCACCUUGUGCACCCAUGAUGGGAUUUUACCACCCCUUUCCCACACCUUAUGGAGCCUCUAUUCAAACGACAGGUGUUGUCAAUGCUAUGUCCACAGAAUGUGGCGAUCGUCCCAUGCAGACUGGACAGAUUCUUCCUGUAUCAGGACAACGGGUGCGUGGAAUCAUUAGAUCACCUGUUAUUGCAAAGCUGCCACAGCAGAUAAGAAGUAAGCGACCACUUAUGAGGAGUGUGGCAAUUCAGAAAGAGAUCAGUGCUUCAGGCCCGGACAGCAGAUCCAAGACUGUCCUUUUGGUUGACGCCUCCCAGCAAACAGAUUUUCCUGGUGAAAUAGCCAGUAGGUCGCUAUCAGAAAGGGCAAGUCCUUUAGUGUGGAAGACCAAGACAAGAAGAAGAAGGGCAUCCCAUCCAACAGCAGAAUCCUCUAGUGAACAUGGUGCAAGUGAAGCCGAUAUUGACAGUGACAGCGGAUACUGUAGCCCUAAGCACAGCCAUCACCAACAGACAGGCACCUUGGGAACACGCCCAUUGGAUUCUAGCAGUGGUGUUGCUGUUGAACCUUUAGUGACGUCCGGUACAACCUGGGUCAAUGUUGCCUCACAGGUUACUCAAAGGUCCUGGUUUGAUAGAACUUCUCCAUAUUUUAAGGGUGGAAAGUUGUCCGAGCAAAGGAAUUAUGCAAUGAAUGGUUACCGAGGAAGAGGACAGAGUGUUUCAUGCGAAAGAAAACUGAGCUUGCAGAAAAGGCCAGAUGGUAAACCUCCGACUAUUGGCCAUUUACCUGGAACAAAGCCGGAUACAGAACCUUUGUAUUUUGAGGAUGAAAAAGAAUUUCCUGACCUAAAUACCGUAGCUGCCGUUUCAAGAAAUAAGACUGAACAAAUGCAGUCCAAAAUCCCCAAGAACCUGCUGGAGAAUCUGCCUGAGAACUCUCCUAUCAACAUUGUACAGACUCCAAUUCCAAUCACAACCUCUGUCCCUAAACGAGCAAAAAGUCAGAGAAAGAAGGCCUUGGCAGCUGCCCUUGCUACAGCUCAGGAAUAUUCUGAAAUAAGCAUGGAGCAAAAGAAAUUGCAGGAAGCUCUAACUAAAGCUGCAGGGAAGAAGAGUAAAACUCCAGUUCAGCUAGACCUUGGGGAUAUGCUUGCGGCACUGGAGAAACAGCAGCAAGCUAUGAAGGCUCGGCAGCUAACCAAUACUAAACCACUGUCUUAUACAGUUGGCACCUCAACUCCCUUUCAUACCAAGGAUUCAAGCAGUAAGAGGUCUUUAUUUAAAAGUCAGCCAUACUCUCUGCCUCACAAUAUUCUGGACUCCGCACCUCCCAGAGUAAAAAGAGGAAAGGAGAGAGAGAUUCCCAAGGUCAAGAGGCCAACAGCACUUAAAAAAAUAAUCCUAAAAGAGAGAGAAGUAAAGAAAGGCAAAUAUUCCGUUGAUCAUAAUCUUACAGAGCCAGAAGAACAAGGGGACUUAAACUUGCACUUCAUCGAUGAUCAGUCCCAUGAAGGAGUAUCUCAAGAAGAGUUGGGGUUGAGUGUGCCCAGUGAUGCAUCGCUUUCUCCUGCUUCUCAGAAUUCCCCGUACAGCAUAACCCCAGUGUCUCAAGGAUCUCCUGCCAGUUCAGGAAUAGGCAGUCCAAUGGCAACUUCUGCUAUCACCAAAAUUCACAGCCGUCGAUUCAGAGAGUACUGUAAUCAAGUUCUGAGCAAAGAGAUUGAUGAGAGUGUGACUGUGCUUCUGCAAGAGCUUGUACGUUUCCAAGAACGUGUCUACCAGAAAGAUCCUGUAAAAGCAAAAGCCAAAAGGAGGCUUGUAAUGGGACUGCGAGAAGUGACCAAACACAUGAAGCUACAUAAGAUUAAGUGUGUUAUCAUUUCACCAAACUGUGAAAAAAUACAGUCAAAAGGUGGAUUGGAUGAAGCUUUGUACAACGUAAUAGCAAUGGCCAGAGAACAAGAGAUCCCAUUUGUCUUCGCUCUGGGUCGAAAAGCCUUAGGACGCUGUGUUAACAAAUUAGUCCCUGUUAGUGUGGUUGGAAUCUUCAACUUCUCUGGUGCUGAGACCUUGUUUAAUAAGCUGGUUUCGCUAACUGAAGAGGCUAGAAAAGCCUAUAAGGACAUGGUGUCAGCUUUGGAGCAGGAACAAGCAGAAGAAGCCUUGAAAAACAUCAAGAAGGUUCCUCACCACAUGGGCCAUUCUCGAAACCCUUCAGCAGCCAGUGCCAUCUCAUUCUGCAGUGUCAUUUCAGAGCCUAUCUCGGAGGUUAACGAGAAGGAAUACGAAACCAACUGGAGAAACAUGGUUGAAACAUCUGACGGACUGGAAACAUCAGAGAUUAAAGAUCCAUCCAUUCGGACUGCUGUUCCUGACAAGCCAAGUGUCACGGCACCUGAUAAAAAUAACGAGACAUGUGCAGCUCUGCCAAGUUCCGCAUCCAACUCCGCCAGUCUCCAGCCCACCAAAGCCAUGAAUUCAGGAUCAGAGAAGGAUGACGGAAAACCAGACGACAUCUUAGAAUGGGCUUCCCUGCCAAGCACCGAGACCGGCUCGCUUGAUGGCAGCUGUAGGGAUUUGCUAAAUUCAUCAAUAACCAGUACAACCAGUACUCUCGUCCCAGGUAUGCUAGAAGAGGGAGAGGACGAGGAUGAUGAAGAGGAGGAUGACUAUGCUCAUGAACCUAUUUCUGUGGAGGUACCCCUUUCAAGUAGAAUUGAAUCAUGGGUAACCGAAGCACAAAAAACAUUGGAGAACCUUCAAUUGGGCAAAAAUGAAGACAGUACAGAGGAAGACGAUGGAGGCCACAGCGAAGAGGAGGAACUUGAAUUGCCCGAACAAACGGACACCAUUGAUCAUAAAGAUUUGCUGCUGGAAACGAAAAGCUAGAAGAAACAAAUGAAUUGCCUUUUGGCAAACCUCACAACCAUAAUCUCAGGAAAAUUAGAAUUAGGAAAGCUCGAUGAUUCUCCAGAUUUUUCCAUCGCCAGAGUUUUGGAAAGUCGUUCAUCAAUGAGUUGAACAAAACAUAUUCCGCUUCCAGUUUUUGUUUGUUGGCAUUUGAAAAUGAAACAAGCUACUAAUUGUAAAUAAUAAUUAUCACCAGAUUAUUGUAUUUAUGUCUUGUCGGUUAUUAUUUAAAAUGAUUAACAUGCAUUGCAUUUUGUUCUAUUUAGCUUCAGUUUCCUCUUCUAAGGACUUUGUUGUUCAUGGUGUGUUUGAGCAGCCGGCCUCAUGUCUUAUUUAUGACCUCUUUUGUUUUGAGAGCAUAGCAGCUCAACGUUUGGGGGAAGAAAUGGAAGAUUAUGCACUUUAUGUGGCAAUGGCAUUGUGCGCGUGUGUGUGUGUGUGUGCGCGCGUGUGUGUCAGUUGACUGUUUUCUCAUGUUAAUUAACACGUUAUAAAUUGAACUGUUCUGUUUAUAUGUAAUAUUAUAUUUUGAUCUGGUAAUUGUUCUAUUAACAUAUAGUGUGUUAAUCGUUUAUAAUCUUUCAUGUAAAAAAAAAAAAUAUAUAUAUAUAUAAAGUUUACCUCAGAUUUGUGCUUGCAGACCUGCUAGGAAAACAUAGAAAAACUGUUUUUAUAGAAAUUUUUAAAUAUUUUGUCUUGUUAGUGGAUUACUAAACUUUAAAACUAAGCUGUUUAUGGAAACUGUUAAUAGAAAAAAAAUACUGAGUGAUGACAUUUCUAUAGUUUGAGCUAUGAUCAAAUUUGUAGACCAAUGGGAUUGUAUAGUCCUGUGGUGAAUAUUAUUAAUAAUUGUCUUUUUACAUUAUGACAGACCAACAAAAACGUGUUCACUUAGGUAGAUUUUAUGUUUAUAUAUAAAAAAAAAAAAAUUAUGUUGUAUUCUUCAGAUCUUCUAAAUGUAUUUAUUUGUAAGGAAUUCUUGCAUCACUCCAGUUUGCUAAUGCUGUUGCUUUGAUAACUAAGACAUAAGCAAUGUAUUAUUAUUUUUUUUCCCAAAAAAAAAAAACCUGCUAAAAACCGUGUGUGUCCAUCCAUAUUACUAAGAGGAUAGUGUAGAGAAAUGUAAUAUUUUUGUUUAUCCAUUUAUUCAUCACACUUAUUAAAGCAGUGGUGUGCUAUUAUGCCUAAAACAAAUCUGUGCCCCCGACCCUUAAUGUUAAAUAAUGUCAUCAUUAAAGAUCCGACUCAUUUCUGUGGCUUUUUAAUAUGUUCAUUGAAUUGAAAUCUGAUUAUACUGAUUGAUCUCUUUCCACUGUUAGUUUUAUUUGCUCUAAUGUGAUGCUCUCCCGGCCUGUAAAUCUCUUUUAGGAUGCCCGUUCUGCUCUUAUUUCAUGUGCUGUAGGUUGACGUCACUUGGACAGAACUGGAAGUCCAUUUGGUAGGGCUUUUUGCUUUUCCAUUAUAUUUUUAACCCCACUAGCAUUUUAUGAUAGUUGAGUUUCAUUUUCAAUGCAGGGUUAACGUUUUCAAUUUUGUUUUUGGUACUCAAACGCCAUUUGGGAUAAAAAAAAAAAAAAAUUAAAAAAUCUCUCUGUUUAAAAAAAAAAAUACUCCUUAAAAUGACUUAGAUAUAUAAAUUGUAAAAAGGUAGAGUCCUUAUAUAUAAUAUCAUAUUCUAAGUCUCUCAUCAGUGAGUCUUUUGAUAAGGUCAGAAGGCAGAUGGAGGACAGGAAAAAACAAUUGGUCACCAUUGGCUCCCAUUCUGUCAGAAACGUUUUUCCUUUUUUUUUCCCCCCACUAAUGCAAUCUACGUUGUGUAACGUAUUAAAAAAAAAAGGUCACUUUUAGGUGGAGUAUUCCUUUAUUAAAUAUACAUAUCUGACAGUUUCUAAUUUUGCAAGACAUGUAUUGACUGUAGUUACAUUUAUUAGAAACAGUCUUCCCAAUAUUUUCUUUGUUUUGAUACUACAGGUCAAAUUGUGUUAGAACAAACUGCUUGGCACUGAAAAAAAUUUGUUAUAAUAAAGACUUCGUUAUUGUAGAAUUGGAACAUAACGUGGUCUUUAGGUGCAUACAGUUGGCAAAGCUGACUGCAGAAUGCCGAACUUAAAGGCAUUGUCUGCUUUUUUCUUGCUAGCAUCUAUUGCAGUCAGAAGUUCCAGCUUUUUCUGUAAAAGAAAUUGCUUUACUUACAUAAAUGAUACCCCUUGGUGUCCAUAGUUAGCAUUUAGUAGUAUUACAAUUUGAGGUCCAGGCGGAGGAUGAGGUUCUAUGGGGUAUCCCCCUCUGUGUUCGGAGCACACACACACACGCACAGCUGGACUGACUGGCACACUGUGGCUGCUGUAUGUCCUUUUGUGAGUCACCCCCUUUUUUUUUUUUUAACUUGGGAAGAUUUUACAUAAAAAGUUUGAGGAAAUGAAGAUCACAUUUGAGAAUAAGAAUCGUUGGAUACAUAAAUUUGUUAGCACAACACUCAACAAUGCAUUUAAAUGCAACAGAAUUUUCUUUUUAAAAAGAUUAUGGUGUGCCGAUGUUUGCAGGGUAAAAUCUCAGUGAAUUUAUGAGACGCGUUGAAAACUGGUUGAGUAGCAUAAACACGAGAGAAGCUGAGCAGUCAGCCGAAUUCUCAGUCUGAUCCAAUGUGCUCAAAGUCAGUCCGCCAUACCUUAAGUAACCUGGAAAUCAAUGACAAAGUUGAGCUGCGGUAAACCUCCAGAGCUCCACAGGUUCAGCAGAUUCGAUUGGCAGUUGUCUCGCCCCCUAGAUACGACCACAACAGCUCAGAGUGUGAUGAUUAUCGAGUAAUCCAAGUGUCAUAAAUGAGCAGUGUGAAUUGUCAGAAGAAAUGUGCAUGUUUUGCUCACUCUUUUACGUAAAAUGACUUUGUCAUUAUGAAUUUUGUAGAUAAAUAGGACUUUGCUGUAAUUAGUUUUUUUUUUUUUUAACAUUAGUUCUAUAGGAAAUUGGCCAGGACCAAAAAAAACAACAAAAAUGAUUUUGUUAAAAUGGCGUAUGUUCUAACAGAAUUUGACCUUUAUUGGUUAAAACAGACAUUGUUUGACAAAUGAUUCUCAAAAUAACAGGUAGAACCACACCAGUGGCUCCAGCCCCACCCCAGUCUAAUAUAAAUUGAGGGGAGCCCAGCGGUGUAGCGGUUAGCACUGACCUGGAUCUUAUUGCCUGGACGUUGCCCCCCCCGUGCAUUGCACACUUACACAUUUUCUCAUUGUUUGCUCGGGUUUUCCUGCCACUUUCCAGAGAUAUAUGUGUUGGUUUCAUUGCUGAUUCCUCAUCGGCCCACCAUGUGAGUGGGCUUUGCGAUGGAGUGGUGCCCUACAGCCGAUUCUUGUCAUCGCUACCCUCAGUUGUUAAAGAAGUUGUAUAGUUUUAUACAUAAUUUACGGCAUUUUUAUUUGUAUUUUUUAUUGGCGUCCAUAAUCAUAGUUAUCACUUAAUUUGCAUUGUUUAUGGAUAUUGAAUUUGUAUUUUAAUAUUUAAUGUUAUAGUAUGAAGUACAAACUUGUAUUCACUGCACUUGUAAGAUUUUGAAUUGAAGGUUGCUUAUUUUGUGUGCUUUUCUUUUCCUUACACAGUCGGCUGAACAAGUGUCUGUUGCACAAUGUAAAUAAGAAACUCUGUUAACUAAUUUAAUGUGAAAUCUGCUAUAUGAAGUACUUUUCCAGCCUAACCCACCUUUCUUUUCUAUCUCUCUGACUAUGCCCCCUACCAAUCUGUAAUACAAUGCCCGUGCAUCCUAGAUUAGCUGUAUUCAUCUUUAUCCUGAUUUAUCUCAUUAAAAAGAUAUUGCUCGGAUGUA